AUGACUGUUAUACACAUUGUGCUUUUCAAGUUCCGCGCCGAUGUCUCCAUACAGAUUCGUGAGAAGUGUGUGUCAGAACUUAAAACGCUGAAACGGCUCCCAUGUGUGCUCAAUGGACGCCUUACAGUUGGAGGUCCCUCGAUCACGAAUCCCAUUGAGCGGAGCAAGGGAUAUCACUAUGCGCUCGUCAGCUACCAUAAGGAUCGCACUGCUUUAGAGGAAUAUCAAGCAAGUAAAGAACAUUACGAAGUUACUAGUGCGCACUUGUGGCCCUACAAGGAAGAUAUAACUAGGUUUGACUUUGAGGUGGAUGAUGAGAGUGAUGGGCUGGAUCCGCGGCAACUGCUAGGGGCAACUAUUCCGAAUAGCACAUGA